AUGUUAUGGGAUUAUUGUGAAGAGCUUAGAAGAAGCAAUCCAGGUUCAACUGUUAAGAUGAAAUUAGACACAACUGAUAGGGAAGGUAAUAGGUGCAGAUUCCUCAGAUUAUAUGUCUGUUUUAUAGCAUGUAAACAAGGGUUUUUGGCUGGAUGUAGGCAAUUGAUAGGAAUUGAUGGUUGUCAUUUGAAGGGGUUCCAAAAAGGAGGACAACUUCUAGUUGCAGUAGGAGUAGAUGCUAACAAUUGCAUGUUUCCAAUAGCAUUUGCAGUUGUAGAAGGUGAAACAAAAGAGACAUGGACAUGGUUUCUUCAAUUCCUUGCAUCUGAUUUGGAAAUUCAUAGUAACCCUUAUGGCUGGACAUUCAUAUCUGACAAGCAAAAAGGAGUUGAAGAGGUAUUACCUAAUGUUGAACAUAGGAAUUGUGUAAGACAUCUUCACCAAAAUUUCACCAAAGAUGAAUUUGGGGGUCAGGUAUUUAAGAGAGUAUUCUGGGCAGCUUGCAAAGCCACUACACAACCAGAAUUUAAGCAGCACAUUGAGGCAAUGCAUGUGUUAAAUCCAAAGGCAGCUGAGUGGGUUAGUGAAAGGUCUCCACACCAUUUCUGUCAAGCUUUCUUUGACACAUCUACUAAGUCUGACAUGUUGUUGAACAAUUUGUGUGAGUCCUACAAUUCUUCAAUCUUGAAUGCUAGAGACAAACACAUUAUAACCAUGGUGGAGUGUUUAAGAAUAUAUCUUAUGAAAAGAAUGCAACGUAAUAGGGAUAAGAUGAGGAACAAUCCUAUGAAGAUUUGUCCAAAGAUUGUAAAAAGCAUUGAACAAAACAAGGAGAAAAUAGGUGGUUACAUUUCUUAUAAGUCAAAUGAUGAAUGGUGGCAGGUUGAGGAUGAUGAUUUGAAGUUGUUUUGGGUGCACUUAAACACUUGUUCUUGUUCAUGUAGAAGAUGGGACUUGACAGGCAUUCCUUGUGUACAUGCAAUUUCUGCAAUUUCAGAAAAUGGUCAAGAUCCUAUAGAGUAUACAAAUUGGUUUUAUUCAGUGGAGGCUUAUUUGAAGAGUUAUGAACCAGCUAUUCUGCCCAUCUCAUCUUUAGAUCAAUGGAUAAAAACAGGAGCACCACCACCCUUGCCUCCCAAAUAUAAGCCCCAGCCUGGAAGACCUAAAAAGUUAAGAAGGAAAGAUCCUAUUGAGAAGGAACCUAUGCCAACUAAACUUGGAAGGAUAGGAGAAAAGAAAAAGUGUGGACUUUGUGGCCAACAUGGACACAACAAGAGAAGAUGCAAGGCAUCCAAAGAGCCUGUAGAUAUGGACUCCAGUGUGCAUCCUUUGAAUGUACAAGAAAAUAUGAAUGUGGAUUCCGGUGUGCAACAGCCGGUAGAAAUGGCUAUAAGGACAUCUCAAGCUGCCCCACUUGAUACUCAGAGCACAGAAAAAGCAAGUACAUCAACUACAAAGAAAAGUAGGAAACAACUCCACCCCAAGCAAAAACUGAGAAAGAAGUAGGAUGGAUUUGUCAGGAAUCUGUGAUGAUCCUCGUUUUGUGGUGUUUUGUGUAUCAAACUAAAUGGUUGACAGUGAUGAACUU